AAAGGCUUCAUAGCGCGCAUGCGUGAAGCUCUCUGGAGGCGGUAGCUUCUUCGUCGUCGAGACUGGAGGCUGAGUGUUAAACUUUGCCGGGCAGAUAUGGGAUUCGGCUGUUAGUCGGGUGGCCAUAGCUUUGUGUUAUUCUUGGAAAAUUUCGCACCACUUGUGAAUUCCUUGAACCUGGGCAUUGCAAACCCACUUCUGUUGGGCCCAUCUCCUUUGCACUUUGCUCAGAUUAAGACUCAGUUGGCGCUUCAGCAGCUGAAUGCCGUUGCCUCACAUGGUUCAACACCACCUUAUACUUUAUUAAAUCAGGCUUUCUUGAAAAUAGCCAUGUCGAGACCCAGGUUUAAUCCUCGAGGAAACUUUCCACUUCAGAGGCCACGAGCACCUAACCCUUCUGGGAUGAGGCCUCCAGGACCAUUUAUGAGACCUGGAUCUAUGGGUCUUCCAAGAUACUACACAGCAGGAAGAGCCCGUGGAAUUCCACACAGAUUUGCUGGUCAUGAAUCUUAUCAGAACAUGGGACCACAGAGAAUGAAUGUUCAGGUAACUCAACACCGAACUGAUCCAAGAUUGACCAAAGAAAAAUUGGAUUUUCAUGAAGCACAGCAAAAGAAGGGGAAGCCUCAUGGUAGCCGGUGGGAUGAUGAGACUCAUAUAUCUGCAUCAGUAGGAAUGAAACAGAGUUCUUUAGCACAGGCUACAGAGCAGAGUCCUAAAGUACAGAGUCGAUAUACAAAAGAGAGUGCCUCAAGUAUCUUAGCAAGUUUUGGAUUAUCUAAUGAAGAUUUAGAAGAACUCAGUCGCUAUCCUGAUGAACAGCUAACUCCUGAAAAUAUGCCAUUAAUUUUGAGGGAUAUAAGAAUGCGGAAAAUGGGGCGCCGAUUACCUAAUUUACCUUCUCAGAGCAGAGGUAAAGAAACACUUGGUAGUGAGGCAGUUUCAAGUAAUGUGAUUGAUUAUGGGCAUGCGAGCAAAUACGGCUACACAGAAGAUCCACUUGAAGUACGUAUUUAUGACCCCGAAAUUCCAACUGAUGAGGUCGAGAAUGAAUUUCGGUCGCAGCAGAGCAUUUCUGCAUCUGUUCCUGCUUCAAAUAUGAUGUGUAAUUCUGUGUUUCCUGUUGAAGAUGUGUUCAGACAGAUGGACUUCCCCAGUGAGUCCUCCAGUAAUCAGUCUUAUUUCCCAGUUGAAAGUGGAACCAAGAUGUCAGGCUUACACAUUUCAGGAGGACAGUCAGUCCUAGAACCUGUAAAAUCCGUGAGCCAACGCAUUAGCCAAACAGGUAGCCAGUCAACGAGUCAGUCUCUCAUUACUCCAUCUAUGAACCAGCAACCUUUUUCUUCUGAAUUAAUUUCAACUGUAAGCCAACAAGAGCGGAUCCCCCAUGAACCUGUGAUUAAUUCAUCUAAUGUACACGUUGGAUCAGGAGGAAGUAAAAAGAAUUACCAGUCAGAGGAUGACGCUCCCAUUCAGUCUCCCUUUGGGAUUGUGAAAGCAUCAUGGCUACCAAAGUUUUCACAUGCUGAUGCCCAGAAGAUGAAGAGACUUCCAACUCCUUCUAUGAUGAAUGAUUAUUAUGCAGCAUCUCCAAGAAUAUUUCCACAUUUGUGUUCUCUGUGUAACGUAGAAUGUAGUCAUUUGAAGGAUUGGAUUCAGCAUCAAAAUACAUCAACACAUAUUGAGAGCUGCCGACAGUUACGUCAACAGUAUCCUGAUUGGAAUCCUGAGAUCCUCCCGUCAAGAAGAAAUGAGGGCAGUAGGAAAGAGGAUCAAACUCCUAGAAGACGUUCCCAUUCUCCCACUCCUAGGCGUUCUAGGAGAUCAAGUUCAAGUCACAGGUUCCAUCGAUCCCGAAGCCCAAUACGUUACAUAUAUAGACCGAGAAGUCGAAGUCCAAGAAUUUGCCAUCGUUUCUUUCCUAGAUACAGAUCCAGGUCCAGAUCCCCUAAUCCAGCAUACCGAGUUAGAGUUCCAUUUAGCCCAGAGUAUUAUCGAUCACUUCGCCCUGAAAGGACAUCAAGGAGAUCAUCAGAUAGGAAAAAAGCCUCAGAAGAUACAGUACAACGAUCAAGACAUGGAUCAGAAUCAAGUAAAAAGAAGCAUGCUGAAGCAGUUGAUAAAGGACAUUCACCAGCACAAAAGCCCAAAACUAGCAGUGGGUCAAAAUCAUCAGUUAAAUCUACGAGCUCUACAAAGAGUGAUUCAAAUACUCGUUAUAAGUCAAAGAAUCCUGAAGAUGGUAGCUUACCAGAAUGUAAACAGGUGUCUGAUAAAGGUGUUUCUGUUCAGCGUAAGCUGCGGAAAGACCAGUCUUUGAAUUAUGGUUCAGUUCUUGUUGUAUCUGAGUUACCAGAGGAUGGCUGUACUGAAGAAGAUAUUAGAAAAGUAUUUCAACCAUUUGGAAAAGUUAGUGAUGUACUGAUUGUUCCCUAUAGAAAGGAGGCUUACUUGAAAAUGGAAUUUAAAGAGGCAAUUACUGCAGUCAUGAAGUAUGCUGAAACAAUGCCUCUUCUGAUAAAAGGAAAAAGUGUGAAAGUAUGUGUUCCAGGAAAGAAAAAAUCACAGAGCAAAGAGGUGAAGAAAAAGACUUCAGAUUCAAAGAAAACAUCUGCAUCUACUUUAAAAAAAGAUACAGAUGCUUCGAAAGCUGUUGAAACUGUGACUUCAACUUCUACUGCCAAGAGUGGGCAAACCAAGACAUCAGCCAAAGUGAAUAAAUCUUCAGGGAAAUCGGCAAGUUCUGUAAAAUCUGUGAUAACAGUAGCUGCUAAAGGUAAUAAAGCUUCAGUUAAAACAGCAAAAUCUAGUGGAAAGAAGUCUCUGGAAGUCAAAAAGGCUGGCAGUGUCAAAAGCAAAGACCCCAGUAAACCUGUGACUGUACCAGAAAAUUCUGAAACAAAGACCAGUACGGAAGCCAAAGCCACUGAAAACAGUAUUAAAGAAGCUGUUUCAGAAGCUGCUUUGGAGGCCACAGAAAACCAAGAACCAGUUAGCAAGGAAACAGAAGAAAUGUGCGUGGUCCUUGUGUCUAAUUUGCCUAUUAAAGGAUAUUCUAUAGAAGACGUUUACAACCUAGCAAAACCGUUCGGUGGUUUGAAUGAUAUUUUGGUUUUGUCAUCUCAUAAAAAGGCAUAUAUAGAAAUAAGUAGAAAAUCUGGAGAUUCUAUGGUAAAAUUUUAUACCUGCUUCCCAAUAUCAAUGGAUGGAAAUCAACUCUCAAUAAGUAUGGCUCCUGAAGACAUGAACAUAAAAGAUGAGGAAGCUGUAUUUACAAACUUGAUUAAAGAAAAUGACCCAGAGGCAGAUACAGAUAAAAGUUACAAUCGAUUUGUACAUCUUGAUAACUUACCAGAAGAUGGACUCCAGUGUGUACUUUGUAUUGGACUUCAGUUUGGAAAAGUGGAUCACCACAUAUUUAUGAGUAAUAAAAACAAGGCAAUUCUUCAAUUAGAUAGUCCUGAAUCUGCUCAGUCAAUGUACAACUUUCUGAAUCAGAAUCCACAGAACAUAGGUGACUAUGUAUUGACCUGCACAUUAUCUCCAAAACUGGACUCAGCAGAGGCUCAAGUUGAGAAAGACUCAGAACAAGGAAAAGAAAGCCCCGACUUGAAAAACAGUCCAGUUGAUGAGAGUGAGGUGCAAACAGCAGCUGAUAGUCCCUCUGUUAAACCUAGUGAGGUUGAAGAAGAAACUACUCCCAGCAUUCAUACAGAACCUUCUGUACAGCAGGAAGAGCCUUGUGAGGAACAACUUGAAAAGCCACUAUGUGAAUCUGACCUCGCUAUUGAAACAUUGGAAGUUGAGACUCAAGGAGAGGAAAUCAAGGUGGAAAUUCCUUUGGUAAUACCUACUCAAGGCAGCAUUGAAUUAUUCUCUGAAAAUGUAGAGGAGUCUGCUUUAAAUCAGCAGGUGUAUACCACUGACUUUGAAAAGGAAGAGGCAGAAAUUGUUAACCCCGAAACAGAAUUAUCAGUUCCUGACAGUACAUUUAUAGAAGAAAGGAACAUUAAAGGAAUUCUAGAAGAAUCUCCAUCUGAAGCAGAAGACUUCUUUUCUGGAAUUACACAGUCUGUGGUAGAAGACGUAGCUGAAAUGGAUAAACAUGAAACUGUUUCAGAAACCGUACUGCCUGCCUGUGUUGUGGCCUUAGUACCAGGAAUUUCCAUUGGGGAUGAGAAUGCGAUGAGCAAAAAGGGUAUGUCUGAAAAAAGUAACAUCGAUGAAAAGGAGGAGAAUGAAUUUAAUACUAAGGAAACUACAGUGGAUCUGCAAAUAGGAGCAGAGAAGGCUGAAAAGAAUAAAGCUGGGAUGGUGGCAGAGAAGUUGGAAAAGAUUGUGGCAAUAAUGAAAGAAAAGCCUGCAGAAAACACUGUGACCAAGUCAUACCCAAAUAAAGGAGUGGGUCAAGCGAGUAAGCCUGAUGAAACUGGUAAAACUAGUAUCCCGACUACGUCAAAUGUAUCUAGCAGUAAAUCAACCUUCAAGGCUGCUAUAGUCUCUUCUCCAAAGGCAAAAACUACAGCUUCAAAAACUGAAAAUCAGAAAAGUUUUCUAAAAUCUGUGCUCAGAGAUCAAAUAAAUGCUGAAAAGAAACUUUCAGCCAAGGAAUUGGGUCUCCUUAAACCUACAAAUGCCGGGUCAGGCUUGGGAGAAAGCAGCAGUAAAUCCAAACUCACUCAGAGUGGUGUUACCAGAGGUGGAAGUGGAAGAAUAUCAGCCCCACAAGGCAAGGAUUCUAAAUUGGAUUACAGGGAUAUAACAAAACAGUCUCAGGAAACAGAGACUAGACCUUCCAUCAUGAAACGGGAUGACAGCAACACUAAGACUUUGGUUGGGCAAAACACUAAGAAUCCUAAAAGCACCACUGGUAGAAGUUCCAAGUCUAAAGAGGAACCAUUAUUUCCAUUUAAUUUGGAUGAAUUUGUUACUGUGGAUGAGGUUAUAGAAGAAGUGAAUCCUUCUCAAGCCAAGCAGAAUCCACCAAAGGGGAAAAGGAAAGAAGCUCUCAAAAAUACCCCUUCCUCUGAACUUAACUUAAAGAAGAAGGGGAAAAGUUCUGCCCCUCAUGUUGUUGAGGGUGAAUUAUCUUUCGUAACAUUGGAUGAGAUUGGGGAAGAGGAAGACGCAGCUGCACACCUAGCACAAGCUCUAGUCACUGUGGAUGAAGUCAUUGAUGAAGAAGAACUAAAUAUGGAGGAAAUGGUAAAAAAUUCAAAUUCACUUCUUACAUUAGAUGAGUUAAUUGAUCAAGAUGAUUGCAUUUCCCAUAGCGAACCUAAAGAUGUGACUGUCCUGUCAGUGGCUGAAGAACAAGACCUUCUCAAACAAGAACGCUUGGUAACUGUGGAUGAAAUUGGAGAAGUAGAGGAAUUACCUUUAAAUGAAUCAACAGACAUAACUUUUGCCACUUUAAAUACUAAAGGAGAUGAGGGAAAUACUGUAACGGAUUCCAUUGGGUUCAUUUCUUCUCAAAUGCCCGAAGACCCUUCUACUUUAGUUACUGUAGAUGAAAUACAAGAUGAAAACAGUGAUCUUCAUUUAGUGACCUUGGAUGAAGUAACUGAAGAAGAUGAAGACUCUCUGGCAGAUUUUAACAACCUUAAAGAAGAGCUUAACUUUGUUACUGUUGAUGAAGUUGGAGAGGAAGAAGAUGGAGAAAAUGAUUUAAAAGUUGAGUUAACACAAAGCAAAAAUGAUCAUCCCACAGGUAAAAGGGGGGAGAGAAAAAAGAGAGCCAUGGACACAAAGAAGACAAAACUUGCCUUGUCCCAAGUGAGUCAAGUAAAUGAGAAUGUUAAGGAAGAAGAUUUGAAAGCCAUGAUUGAAAGACAUUUAGCUGACUUUCUCUUUAAAGCUAAAACGCCAACCAAGAGAGUUAGAAUUGGGAAAACACCACCAUCAGAAAAAGCUGUUGAAACAGAACCAGCAAAAGGUGAAGAGGUCUUCAGAAUUAGUGAAGCUGAUGAAGAAUCUGGAUUAAGUGACUCAGAACCAGAGCAAAAACGCAAGAAGAUUGAGGAGGACUCUCCUUUAAGCAGAUCAGUGGAAUCUGAUGUCCCUGCAGAUUUGGACUUUCUUGUACCCAAGGCUGGAUUCUUCUGUCCAAUUUGUUCCCUCUUCUACUCAGGUGAAAAAGCAAUGAUAAAUCACUGCAAGAGUACACGUCAUAAGCAAAAUACAGAGAAGUUCAUGGCCAAGCAAAGAAAGGAAAAGGAGCAGAAUGAGGCUGAAGAAAGAAGCUCUAGGUGAUUGGGGGGAAAAGAAAAAAUUUCAUUAGAAAUUCAUUUAGGGUCCAGUUGAUUUGUGUAUUUUGUUAUCACUUAAUUUGUAACUUUUGUUUCAGAAGCAAAUAUUCAUGUUGUACAAAUUUCUGAUUGCCCUUGAUGUAGAGAGACUGAUGGGGAAAGUAUGAUGGGUUUGAUUUUUAUAUCAAAUCAUCAGGCAUGGAUAAAUAUCUUUUAGAGUGUUAAAAUAAAUGUUCCUACUGUAUAUUUAAAAUACCGUCUUGUGUUUGUGGCUGAUUUAUUAAAGACUUGCUUGCCUGUGAUUGUAGACAAGGUUCUUUUCUACAACCCCUGUGGCCUGGGCAUGUUUGGAAUUCUUCAUGUGUUUUUGGAAUUCAUAGCAUGACAGUGUUUCACUGAGUUUCCACCAUCCAUAUACAGGCCAAAGGUUUCUUAAACUUACCAGUUUUCUGGGUAAAAUUAGAUUAUAUCAUGUUUGGCCCAGGUAGGUUUGAGUAAAACUUUGCUUGUUUUUUUAAUGUGCUGGGAAGAUUUUUUUUUCUUGCUUUCGAUAACACCUGCUGUUUCUGCCAGGACCCACUUAAGUAGCACCUAGUAAGUCGAAUCGACGGCACUGAUUUUUUAGUAAGUCAGUUAGCAUUAACUUGAAACUGCAAAGCAGCCUUUACUUCCCAUGGACCCCAGAGUUUUAUUUUUAAGCUAUUUGAAUUAUUGAAUAUAUUUGUAAGAAGUUGUAAAGGUACAAAAAAAUGAUUCAGUGAAUUGUUAGGAGGUACUAGACACAGCCCUGUACUGUGAAUUUUUAGUUUAGGUCAUGCUUCAAGCUUUGCUUUUUUUUUUUUUUUUUUUUUUAAUGUCUGAUUCCUAAGUUUUUUCCAGAUUAGAACACAUUAAUGAAUAAGAGAAAGAGGGUGAAUACAGAGAAAUUAAAAAGAACCCCUUUUUUAGGUCUCCUACUCACUGUCACAGCACAGGGGUUUCCUUGCUGUUGGGAUGAAGUGGAGUGAAGAGCAGAAGGCGGCAGCAACUUUUUCUUGGUUUCCAAGCAAACUGCACACGCAUUUUAGACUUAGCCAUAAUAGCCUGAGCAAAACUGCAAAAUACUACCUGCCAAAGUCUAGGAAAGUGGGGGUUAGGGAAAGGGUGGGUGGCUUGUGAGCACCAAGAUUCUGCUGUAAUUAAAACCAUGUGGGUGAAUGAGGUAAUAAGAGGAAUAACCAAAAAAAAAAUCCGAACCCAUUGCCAUCAAGUCGAUUCUGACUCGUAGUGACCUUAUAGGACAGAGUAAAACUGCCCCAUAGGGUUUCCAAGGAGCAACUGGUGGAUUUGAACUGCUGACCUUUUGGUUAGCAGCCAGUCUCUUAACCACUGUGCCACCACAGCACCAGGGCUCCAGUAAGAGGGAUAAGAGCCAUAAAAAAGCUGAGGAAUAAGGUGCCAGCAAGUUAAGGCAGAACAGUCAAUCAGAGUAAAUAAGAACCUUUUAAAGAAUCUUUAUUUCCUGGUCUGCUUCUAAAGCUUUUAAACCCAGAGAAAUGAUAACCUUUAAUUUUUUACAAACCUUAGAAUUUGUAUCUUAAGAACUUAAAUGUCAAACUCUUAUUUCCUUCAUAUUAACUAUCUGGGAAAAGGAUAUUUUCACUUUCUAAAUUGCAGUUCUAAAUUAGAAUAAAAGGAACCUACUAAAGCAUAAAAGUGGUAGUGGUAUUUUUAUGUUUCAUCCUAGUGACAGAUGUUGGUAGUUAAUUACAUAUAGCAAGUAAUGUUCGUCUCUGUUGAUUUCUGCAUUUAAGGCUGAGAAUUUUUAUCACUGGGCUCCAAAUACAAAAGAUUUUGUAAAAAUAAGCGUAUGCUUUUUGCAUGUAAUUUUAGAAGUGUUUUUCAGAAAACCUUGGAAUUCUUCUUUAUCCACUCCAUACACAUGGCUGUCAAUUCAUAGCAGCUUCUGCUUAUUAGUUGAUUGUGAGAUAUAAUUUGGAUUGUAGCGUACAUUUAAGUCUCCACCAUUCCAUCAUCUAGACACCAGAACAAAAUGUGGCACUCAACAUGACCUCUUCAGAAGUUUCACUGUGCCAGCCACUUUGAGAAAGAUGUACUUCUGUCAGCAUGGCACUCCAAUAAAAGUUUUUACAUUUGAUUACUUUUGCUGACACACAGUGCUGUGGAAACUCUUCAGGACUAUCAUUUUGAAUUAUUUUAUACAAAAAUAAGAGUCAGGUUUUAAUUUUGUUUAUUGUUAUUUGUGGAAAACUCAGACAUAUCUUUAAAAAAUAGAAUAGGAUAAUAAGUCUCAAGGCCAGUUUGUGUGUGUGUGUGUGUAGAGAGAAAUGCACACACACAUGUGUUUUCACUCCUGCACCUCAAUGUAUAGUAUCAGAGUAAAUCUCAGACAUUAUAUGAUUUUACCCAUAAAUGUUUUAUUAGUAUUUCUAAAAGAUAAGAAUUCCUUUUAACUUAGCCAAUAGCAUAAAAAAUACUAAUUUUAAUCAAAAUCCAGUUCCAAUUAAGAAUAAAUUAUUUAUGACAUAAACAAUUUGGCACCACCACCAAGAAUAACCAAAAAAUGAGUAUAUGGGUACAUAAGUAGUUGUAUAGACAUGUAUGUGUACAGGGAGGUACAGGAGUGUACAUGUGUGCAUAGAUAGAAGAAUAUAUGUAUGUAUGGAUAGGUAUGUGUGUGCACAUGUAUAUAUUCAUAGAGGUCACAGUUACAGAUACUUCUCAGACAUAACCAAGCACCUUGUGAGAUUGAUUUUCUGGGUUUUUGAAGGCUUCAGACUGUAGUCUCAUGAAACAACUCAGUCAGUUGACAUAAUACAAUUCACAAAGUUCAUGUUCUGCAUCCAAAUGAGGUGAGUGGCGUCUGGGUCUUAAAAAAAACUUGUGAGCAGCCAUCUAAGAUACAACUAAUGGUUUCUGCUCAUAAGGAGCAAAAGAGAAAGAAGGAAAUCAAAUUCUCAGAGAAGAAACUAGGCUAUAGGACUAAUAGCCUACACGAGACACAGUUUCAUCCAAACUAAGACUAGAAGAACCUAGUACCUGGCUACCACUACUGACUGUUCUGAUCAGGGCCACACUAGGUGGACCCUAAUAGAACAGGAUAAAAACCACAGAACUCAAAUUCUUAGGAAGUCCAGACUUACUGGACCAGUUGAGACUAGAGGACUCCCUGAGACUGUUGCCCUGAGAUACUCUUUAAACCUUGAACUGAAACUAUCCCCUGAGGUCACCUUUUAACCAAAUAACAGAUAGGCACACAAAAUAAAGGAUUUUACCCAUGAGUACAGGGUUCAUUUAAAAAAAUCCACGUAAGACCAAAAGGUCAACAAUUAAAGCAAAGAUGAAGAUAAGAGGCAGGGAAACCAGAGUACUGGAAAUGGAACAACCAGGACACAGAGAAAAUGUUGACACGUGAAAAAUGUAACUAACAUCACUGAACAAUUUGUGUAGAAAUUGUCAAAUGGGAACCUAAUUUGCUGUGUAAACUUUCACUGAAGAGACAAUAAAAUAUUUUUUAAAAAAUCCGGUUCAGAUUUUCAACUGUCUCAUAAAUGAUUUUUGCUUUGUUUUACAUUGUUUGAAUCAGGAUCUAAAUACUGUCCAUGUUACAACUAACUGAUAAUGUUUUUUAAAUUUAUUUUUAAUAUAUAGACUCUCCUUCCCUCUCCUUGCAGUUUAUUGGAAGAAACCAGAUCUUUUGUUCUGCAAAGCAGUGCUGCUCAAAACGUAGUCUUUGGACCCAGUGCCAGUUCUUGCACUGUUACCAGUUAGUACAGAAAUAGAGAAUGUUGAGAAACUUUACCAUAAUUUGACAGAGUAAUUUUAUGUCUGUGCUCUAAAUCUAGAAAAAUUUUUAAGUGGGUAUUUUGAGCUUGUGUGUUUUGUGUUAUUUCACUUAAUAAAAAUACACUUUAUUGUGUUUUACAAAGGUAUUACUCUGUAAAUUAGAAAGAAAUUGGCAAUAAAAAAGAAACCGAUCCAUCACAGAUAGCUUGAGAAGCACUGCUGUAAGGUUUCCCACACUAUGAAUUUUGUGUGUUAUAGUUUUGUUUUUUUAAUAAUUUAUUUUGUUGUUGAGAAUAUACACAGCAGAACAUAAUACCAAUUCAACAAUUCUGCAUGUACAAUCAGUGACAUUGAUUGCAUCCUUGAAGUUGUGCAGCCAUUCUCACUCUCCUUUUCCGAGUUGUUUCUCCCCCAUUAACAUAAACUCACUUCCCUCUGAGUUUUCUAGCUAAUCCUUCCAGUCGCUGUUGGCAAUUUGAUCCCAUAUACCAAAAAAAAAAAAAAAAAACUUGCCGUUGAGUCACUUCUGACUCAUGGUGACCCUAUAGGACAGAUUGGAACUGCCAACCUUUUGCUUAGCAGCCUAACUCUUAACUGCUGUGCCACCAGGGUUUCCUUGAUGCCAUAUAGAUAGAUUUUAAAAGAACACAAUGUUCAAGGCAGGCAUUUUUUUACUAGUUUGACUAAAUUGUUGGUCUCUUUUAAGAUGACUUCAGGGGAUAUUUUUGGUUUAAGGUUUAAAGAUUUAUCUUGGCAAUAGUUUCAGCGGUUCAUCCAGUCUCCACGGCCCCAGAAAAUCUAGAAUCCAUGAAAAUUUGAAAUUCUGCUCUUUCCCCCUUUUGAUCAGGAUUCUUUUAUAGUCUUUGAUCAAAAUGUUCAGUAAUGGUAGGCAGGCAGCAUCCAGUUGUUCUGGUCUCAUGGCAAAGGAGGCAGUUGUUCAUGGAGGCAGUUAGCCACGCAUCCCAUAUCCUCCUCCUAUUCCUGAUUCACUUCCUCUCUUGCCCUAGGCAGAUAGAGACUAAUUGUACUUUGGAUGGUGGCUUGCAAACUUUUAAGAAAAUCCCAAGCACUAGCAAUGAACUAGGAGGUAGAACAGAAACACUAAACAUGAAAGUACACUAAGUAACCAGGAUGUCCCAUGAAACCAUGAUCCUAAACCUCCGAACCAGGGAACCAAAUCCCAUGAGGUGUUUGGUUGUAUGUAAGCAGCCUCAGCAGCUACUCUGUGUGUGUUGUAAAUACAUCACACAACUUUUAUCAGUUCAGCUUUGUACAGUUGUUCAGCUUAUAGCAAUUACAUUAAUCGGCUGUGCAACCCUACCCUUGGUCAAUGAGAUUUUCCCGUCACCUGUAAACCGAAGGUCGGUACUUCAUGAGCAGUCACCUCCGCUUUCCCCUUCCCUCCUGCCCCUGUGUGUGAUAAUUUUGAUGUGUUUCGCUGUUCUCUGCAUAUCUUGUAAAUGAGUAGUGGAACGUAGAGACUUGAUCAGAUUUGGGCUCUCUUUUCUUUUUGGCAAGACCAUAAGUAGUGGCUUAGUUUUCCUGAUCAGGAGGAAAACUGAUUGAUUUCUUGCCUUGAGAUUUUAAUAGCAGCUGAUGCUUAAAGCCAAGUUCAUUUUAUUCAUUAGGGAUUUCAAAAUGGUGAUAUUUUAAUUCUGUAAUUCCUUAUUUGUGUGUCAGCUAGAACCCUUAUAAAAAGAGAAACUUCCACUUUGCUGUUUGGUUCAUCAGUGAUACUGUUUUGUGUAAGACAUGAUUUAGGUAUUUGAUGUUUUUUUCUCAUUUACAUUUUUUUCCCCAAAAUAAGUUGUUUUGUUGGCAUCCUCUGAUCAGAUCAAUUCAGGUAUUGUUUUGUUUUUAAAAUUGAACUCAUGAAUUUUUAACAUAUUUGAUGUUUCAAAACUUGGCAGUACUUGCCUUAUUGAUGCUCAAAUUGUCCCAUCUUUGGCCCUUUUAAUUUGACUCCAGAGUCCAUUUAACAUGACACUACUAGUUUUCAUAGCUUCCUUGCUAUCUACUAGGCCUAGAUGUUCUUGGGUCAUCUUGUAUACUUCCUGCCCGAGACCCGAAAUCAGCCAUUUCAGUAAAAAAGAUUGGAUAGUUAUGGGUGCUUAUUGCCACUGUGUUAGUCAUUGCUUUCCAGUGGACAUAGAAGUCUAUAUUUUGGUGUUAAGAGAAAAUGCAUAGUGAUUGUACUGAUUCUUUCCAUUCCAUUUCAAAACUAUCAGGGUCUGUAUUUACUUCAGUCUUGAUUUUAGUUCCCUUUUCUCCCAUGCUGAAAAUUCCAGUUCUAAAGGACACUGUGAUGAUAGAAUUAAAGGAUCACAAAAUUGCUUAACUUGAUCUCACAUUACACACACUACAGUCAGAAUAACAAUACUAAGACCACAGCCAACAACAUAAUUAUUGAAAACAGGAUUUUUUUUUUUUUAGUUUUGCUUUUGUUUUGCCCUUAGGGUAUAUCCCACUAGGGAUACAGUUUCAGCUUUCAGGGUUUUCAAGUCACUUGGGAUAGUUCUUUUAGUAGAAGCCAAUCGGUAAUCAUCCCCUUUGCCGUGGUGAUUCCCCAGUUUGAGCCAGCGAGACCUGAAGGGAGGUUUUCCCAGGACCUCUAAGGAAGGAGGGGCCGCCUUCUAUAUAGAAACUCAGAAAUUUUGUUUCUAAGGUAGGUAGCUCUGAGUGUUUCUGGUUGCCAUCCUCCAACCACAGGUAUCUCCAGGCUUUGAAAGAAACCUACGCUGAUGCCAGUAAAGCAGAGAGAACAGUAAAUACUUGGGCUUGGGAUGACAUCUUUGAGCUAUUGGAUCAAUCAACAUAGAAGCUACCCUACCUCUGUACCUUCAGUCCUGAAACCCAGUACAUUUCCUUGUGUUUAAGUCAGUUUACCAGGGUUCUACCCUAUCUCAUAUAGCUUUGAAUGUUUAGCUAGGGAAUUAGAGCCUACCCAUUGUCAUUGGAAAAUUUUCAGAGGCUUUUCAGUUGAAGGUAUCCCACAUUUUAAAAAAUCACAUUUGCACAGUGUCUUUUACAUGCCAUCCAUUUCUGAGCCGCUGUAAGAGAACAGUGUUGUAGCUCACCACCCUUGGUCUGAUGUGACGUUGCAGCUUCUCUUGUUCGUUUGUGGCUGAUGUCCGGUAGGCUUCUCUCUCCAGCACUUGCCCCUGGUUUCUCUGCGUGGUUUCAGCCAGUGGGGAGCUGGGGCAGGAGAUUAAACAGAGGACAGUGAGGUCAGGGUAUUGUUUUCUCCUGGGUUCUUCCCUCUGGGUCACCUCAGUCUGACUUUGACCUUCAACCAAAGAUCACUAUAUCUUUCAGUGUGGCAUUCUCUAUAGGACACUGUCCUGCCGGGUUCCCGUAACUAGAGAUUGUUGUUACUACUCAGGGGUGCUGCAGUAGCCCUGGUGUUCCUCUAGAGCCUGUCCACACCUUUGUAAAUAGUCCUUUUAUUAAACCUUCCUUGAAUUAUCCUACUGUCUAAAACACUAUUGAAAGAGAUUAAAAAAAAAAAAAAAAAAAGAA